AUGCCCCAUCAACUGGCCUCAACGGUCGCUCGGACUUUCUUGAAGCGGAGUGCCCGGUCCACUUUGUCCAGUGUGGUCGAGAUGAUCAAGUGGUUAUCGUGGAAGAGCUUGGACAACAUCGGCGUGACUUUGAAGUCGUCCCUCAACCCUAGGGAGCGCGGUAGCCGGGUAUGCCGGAUCCGGGAGAUCGUGGUCCCAUUGGCUUAG